UUGAAGUGUCAAUCAGUGUCGCUGUCGACACGACGCAGUUCUGAGAACGGGGCUUCAUACAGACUCACUUUGAAUUUAGUGUGUUCUGUGACUGAAUUUUUUGAAGAAAGGAAAAAAAUAGACCUAUAAAAUACUGUGAUGUUUUGAAAAUGAUUUUUUUAGUUAAACAUACAGGACUUUUCGUACGUCAACCGAAUGGUCGAACUAGUUUGAAAUAUUUUUCUAAAACGAUAGCCGGCGACCGAUUUAAGCCUUUAGCCGGAAAUACACUUACGGGAAGGUUUUUACUAUAUUUAAACAAUUUCAACUCCAUAGAAGAACCAGCAAAACUUGACUCCUGCAGUCUCAUAAAUACACUUAAAUACCACCCUCGGGAUGUUGUGAAACUUGAAACAACAGGAGUAGUAAAAGCCCUUACGCUUUUGCCUGAUAGAAAAUUUGUUCAAAAUAAACAAGAUUACACUAAAUUGUUAAAUCUUAUUGAUGGAGAAUGCUGUGAUAGGUUAGCAAGUCAAGAUGUUACUGGUAUCAUUAGGUUGUUACAUUCAUUUAUGUCAGCUAACCCAAACCGUUUAACAGAGACUAGAUAUUUUAGUCUUGCUCUAGAUGAUCUGAUAAAAACAUGUGAUAAACUUAGCAAAAACGAAUUAGUACAGGUAAUAUUUUUUAUAGGACUUUUAAAAAAAUGUUCUAAAGCACAAUAUAUGUUAAGAAUUUGCCUAAAUAAGUUUAAUAAACAAUUCAUUAAUGAGCUGACACAAGAGGAUUUAUGCAUAAUAUGUAACUCGACAUUUAAAACUAGUACAAAAAUAAAAAAUAAGGGACUCUUGGAAAAAGUAAAGUGCCACAUAAGUCAGAAUCUUUUCAUUUUGAACGAUCCUGCUAUCUUUGUAACACUUAUCAAAACUCUAAGACAUAAUAGGUAUCAAGAUGAAGAUCUAUUAAACACAAUAACAUGUACAAUGUUUUUUAACAAAACUAUAAAUGAUUAUUCAUUUACUGCUAUAAGUCAUGUUCUUGCUCUUUAUUCUGAUUAUCUAUAUCAUCAUGAGACAGUUCUAAAAAUAUUAUCAGAAGAAUCAAUAAGAAAAUUAAAGAGUAAUCAAUAUAAAGCUAAAGAUACAUACUUAAUAGACCAACCUAGGACCAAGGACAUAAAAAGGUUUUUGUGGGCUCUUAGUAACUUGAAUUACAAACUAGCCAAAGAAGAUAUAGAAACUGUUAUUAUCCCUCAAAUUGUUAAUAGGAUAAAAUCUGGGGAGUGUGAAAACAAUCCAGGAUCCUUUGUUGAUAUUGCUUUAUAUUUAUGGAUGAUGCACUAUAAGGCUUAUAAUCUUAUUAAACAUGUUCUUACAAAGGAGAAUAUAAGUGUGAUGAGAGCCACUAAUCCAACAAGUAUAAGAAGUAUGAAUCUCUUGCUUGUCUGUAUAUUCUAUGAGGAUGCAGAGUUAUAUACAUCUUUAAAUUUAUGUCCUGACAACCGCAACAAUUAUGACAUGAAUAUACAACUGCAGAAAAGACCUCUUUUAAAUGAAAUUAUGGCAAAUUUGAAAUUAAUAUCUCUGGAAAAUCAUAUCGAUAAAUAUCAGAGUCAGUGUCAAGUGCCAUAUAUAAAUAUUAUUGGCAUUACAGGUUAUCAUAAAAAAGUUUAUAAAUCAAUAAAUAUAGAGAUUCUUGAUGAUUACACUUGCUUGAAAAAUACUGAUAGUCUUCCCACAGGACUUAUGGAGUUGAAACUUAGAAUUCUGGAGAAAUGUGAUGAAGCCUUGAUUACGGUAAAUUGUAUUUUUUUGGUUUUUAGCUGUUUAAUAGUUGUCAUUUGUACAUUUUACAGGUAUAACAUUUUGGAUAAGGUCUAAAUAGAAUUAUAUAUGUAUAGCUUUAAAUUUUUGUGAAUUUUUAUAUUGUGUGUAAAUGUUUAGCUUAGUUUUUAUUAACCUGUAUCGAGUAUUUUACUUUAAAUUAAAAAAAGACAUAGUUUAAUGUUACUCUAAAAGCAUUGAUACUGUAAUUAUAUAAUAUUUGGUUUUCAGAUUGAGGCAUCUGAUGUUAUAGACUGUAAUAACAAUGAAUUGCAAGAAAUUUUAAAGGAUGAAGUAUCUUUAGUUUGUUAAUAUAAUUUUAGUUUAAUAACUAUGACAAAAUGAUAUUUUAACUAAAUUGUUUUUUUCUAAUGUAAUAUUUAUGAGAAAGUUUGUGAAGAGAUGUUCUCUAUUAAUUUUUUCGAUUUUUAUAAUAAUUAGUUCCUAUUAAAUAUUUGUAAACAUAUUCAUUCCUUUAUUUGCUCAAAAAUAACUUUCUCAUAAAUUUCAACCAGAAGUAUAUUAGGGAUAAACGUUUUAUAUAUUGAUAAAAUAAUACAAAUUCGAAUUAUUUUAUCAAUUUAUCUUUUAUUGUACUUUGUUUUUUAAGAAUAUCUGAUAUCUACUUCAAUGUUAUUUACUGUAAUUGCACCUAAGUAUGGUAUUAUACAAUUUUACAUAGUCACAUCAAUUUUUUAACUAUUUUCAUAUGGAAUGUAUGUGAUUUGAUUUUUAAUUAUAUAUGUACAUCUAUUUAAAAUGUUAAAACAAUAAAUGGUUUGUAUUUGUAUUAAUGCAGUUUUUAUAUUGAAAACAUGAAUAAUUUUGUCAUCCUUCAGGCCUAUAUGUAACAGCGUAUUAUAAAAAGUAAAAAUUAAACUGAAAAAGAAUAAAUAAAGUUUUAAGUUAGAAGACACUAUAUAACUCUUGACUAAGAAAAAAAAUAA